CCCGUUACUUUUCCGCCAUCUCAUCCGAAUCUCCUACUUCCAGUCUGCCUUCACGCGCCGUUACACGCCGCUAAGCACGAGGAUCGCUACUAUGUCGACUAGUACCGAGGCUAUCACCAAGGACCACCGUGAGUUAAAGGAGUAUUAUAACCGAGUUAUUGUAAAAAUUGCGAUAAUAUCACCAGGUGAUAAGCUCCUAGGCGUAACGAUUAUAUUCAGAGACUUAUUCUUAAGGAGGGGAGAAUAGAAUGUCUCCAUCGCUAGUUACGAAGCGGGGGUUUUACACUGACUACGCACGGGCGUACUUCGAACGCUGCUCGAGCGCUAGGCUGGCUGGCACCUUGGCCAUGUCGUUACAGUUAUUAACUUAAACGAUACUAACCACCAAGUCCAUUACGGUAAUUAAUUCACUUAGGAGCUAGCUCACCACUUUAUUAGCGAGGAGUUAAUUAUAUAUCCGGCGAUAGAGAAAUACCUAGGCUAUCAAGGUAAACAGCUCGCAGACAAAGAUUAAGAGGAGCAUUACUAUAUAAGUCCACUCUCGUUAAAUAAGUUUAUAACUCUAGUUAUUAAUAACAUCCUAAAUUAAGAGAAUGCUUAAAGAGUUUUAGAAUCUUAAGGGCGAGGAUCUAAAGUAC